AAGCAUUUUGCCACAUAGGGUGGUGAGCAAAACUCCUGUUUUGCCUAGAACACCUGCCGACCUAGAGCUGGCCCUGCUUCAGACUUCCUACUUCCGUUGCUAGCAGUAUGACACGUAGAAAAGAGGAAGUUUCAUCUAAGACAGCCAGCCUUGCCAAGCCUCAUACUUGUUGAAUACUGACAGAGCCUGAGAAACCGUGAUGGGACACUUAAAUAGGUACAGAUUAAAUAAAAUCUGUUUUGGAAUUUUAAUUAUUUUCUCAAGAGCAGUUUACAUCUAUGCAGAAAGAGGUCACAAACUUUGUUAUAGCUAUGGAUGCUUUUACUCAAGUGAUACUCAACUCUGUGUGACACUGGAUGGUGAUGAAAUCUGCUAUGUAGACUUUAAAAAGGGGACUGGUGUUUGGGACAGCAAAGCACCAACAACUCUUCGUGCCGAAUGGGCUUUCGAAUAUGCAAUGAUAUGCCAAACUGUGUGUAAGCAGGAUAUAUCCAGAUGGAAACCAGAUGAAUCAGUUACAAGGUCUAAAGAAGCUCCAGAAACGAUCCUCUAUCCCAGAGAUGAAGUGUUAACAGAUGAAGACAAUACCCUCAUCUGCUUAAGCAACAACUUUUUUCCUCCUAAAAUCAAAAUCAAGUGGACAAAGAACAAUAAAGAAGUAGCAGAGGAAGAUCCUUUCAUCAAAACUAUAUCUAAUCCUGAUGGGACGUUUCAUGUCUUCUCCUACCUGAACUUUGUUCCAAAACAAGGAGACAUCUACACCUGCAGCGUGGAGCACGAAGCACUGGAGGAGCCUCAGACCAGGUUUUGGGAAGUUGAAACAGAAGAGAUAAGUUGUGGCCCGGCUGUUUUCUGUGGGCUUGGCGUGAGUCUUGGACUUCUUGGCGUUGCUGCAGGAACUUUUUUUUUUGUGAAGGGACACCAGUAUCACUGCAUACAAGACUGUGCUCAGUCAGAAUGCAUCAUCCUUGCAAAUCAUAACUGGAUGUAAUUUCCCAUUGCAAUUUCCCAGUAUGGGAUAAAUAAAGUAUAUCUGACUAAUAAAUAAAAAUAAAAUAAAAUUCCUAAAUUACUUUGAAAAAAAUAUGAAAUUCAGCUUAAUAAUUUUCAUAUCUGCCCUUCAUUGUUAGUUUCCUCUGUAGAACUACUCACUGGUUUUCACUGCUGAUAAUUAUAUGAUGUGAUAGGUGCAUGUAUCUGUAUCAUGUAAUAUACUUAAAAACCACCACUGUAAUCAGUUAACCCCAAAUUUGGUUUAUGUCUGCUCACAGACAGAAAAGACAGCUCUAUCAUCUUCACUGAUAUGUGAUUAAUUAAUUUUAAAAAUGUCAAAUCUCUGCAAGAUAUACUGUGCAAGUCUCAUACUAUGAGCUGAAACCAACACCUUUCAAAUGUUUCUGUAAAUGUUUGGUUUUGUUGUAAAAUUGAAGCUGACUGUAGUGGCACUGAUGGUACUAAAUAUCAUUCCCUUCAUCCAAAAUG